AUGAGCUUUGCUUUGUUGCCUCGAGCAUGGAGCUCUGUUGGUCGCCAAUCGCAUCCCGCUAACCUCCCUCGAAACUUGAUCAACAAGAUUGCUGCAGCUUCGAGGUCAACAAGCCUGCCAACCCGUUGGAAGAUGGACCAGCCAAGUAGGGCAGCAUGUGGCUGUGCUUCAGCAAAGCGCAGUGGCAAACGCUCUGCCUACAUUGCACUCGGAAGCAACCUGGGCGACAGGGUUACCGAGAUUGAGAAGGCUUGCCAUGAAAUGGACUCUCGUGGCAUCAAGGUCAAGAGGACCAGCAAUCUCUGGGAAACCGAGCCCAUGUACGUCUUAGAUCAGGAUAGAUUCGUGAACGGAGCAUGCGAGGUCGAGACUGAGCUUGAACCACUGGCACUAUUAGAUCAACUACAAGAUAUUGAAAAGACCAUGGGCAGGAAAAAGCUUAUAGACAAAGGACCACGAAAUAUCGAUCUUGAUGUUCUGCUUUACGGCGAUGAGGAAGUGAACCAUGAAAGGCUUCAAGUGCCUCAUAUUGGCAUCCCGGAAAGAGACUUCGUCCUCCGGCCGCUUGCCGAGUUGAUCCCAACAAAGGCAAUUUACCCAUCAAAGCCAUGGAAGUUAGUCCAAGACUUCUUGAACGAGCUCCCGCCAUCUUCUGAACCUCUUUCCACUCUGACGCCGAUCUCUCCCUCGGUUGGUCCAUUAAACGCACUCAAAGCCACCAGAAAAACUCAUGUCAUGGCUAUUCUAAACACUACGCCAGACUCUUUCUCCGAUGGUGGCAUCCACACAUUCGACUCAAUGAGGGAUACAAUACUCAGCUUCAUCCGCGGCGGUGCGACCAUGAUAGAUAUCGGAGGCCAAUCCAGCGCUCCCGGCACGCCCGACGUCAGUGCCCAGGAAGAAAUCAGUCGGGUUCUUCCUGCCAUUGAGCUCAUACGGAGCAUGCCGGAAUCCAGGGACGUUGCUAUAAGCGUAGACACCUAUCGCGCGCCCGUAGCCGAGGCGGCAGCCAAGGCGGGAGCUGAUGUCAUUAACGACAUCUCGGCUGGGCAGCUGGACCCGGAUAUGCUCUCCACCAUGGCCAGGCUGGGCAAGACGGUCUGUCUGAUGCACAUGCGCGGCACCCCCGCCACCAUGAGCAAGCUUAAUGACUACCCGGACGGGCUGAUUCCGACAAUUGCCCGGGAACUCCUCGAGCGCAUUGCCGAGGCCGAGGCCGCCGGCGUCCGGAGGUGGCGCAUCAUCCUAGACCCCGGCCUGGGCUUCGCCAAGGUCGGCGAGCAGAACCUCCAGGUCCUCCGCCACUUUGACGAGCUCCGCAACUGGCCCGGCCUCGAGGGUUUCCCCUGGCUGCUAGGCUCGAGCCGUAAGAGCUUCAUUGGCAAGGUCACUGGUGUGCCCAAGCCCAUGGAUAGGAUCUUUGGCACCGCCACCACCGUGGCCGCCGCCGUGCAAAUGGGCGCGGAUAUUGUCCGGGUCCAUGACGUCGUGGAAAUGGGUCAGGUUGUCAAGAUGGCCGAUGCUAUUUGGAGGUACUAA